AUGGCCGAUUACUCUGGGGAAUCAGGAUUUUUGCCUUGUGAAUCCUGUGAUAUGGUUUUCCGCUCCUGGGCUUUGUUGGCCACACACACCAAACGAUUCUGCAUAGGCCGGCUGACUCCUGAGGUAACACUUAAAACACAGCCUUCAGUAGCCAUCGAACAACAAGGUACCAAGGUAAGGGCCACCAGUGGCCAGGGGUAGAUUAUGGCACAAGAACAGAGCCGUGAUCAGGAGGUCAGCACAUCUGCUCUAAAGGGGCCGACAGAGGAGGUGCAGUUGCUGAGACUGUCCCUACAGAAACUAGGUCCCUGGGCGACUGAGUCUCACUUCCAGACUACAGGGAGCCCAGGACAGAGGAUGCAAGUCUUGCAGGGAACCCGCGCCAGACGAGUGGUAGAAACGGAAGCGCAAAGCCGGGCCCUGGAGCGUCGCGGCGAAGAACUUAAAAGGCGCCUCCACAGCGUGGCGGGACCCAAGGGAGAAUUACUCCGCCCAUUCAUCUUGGAGCGCGAGCUCAGAGAACUCAGGGAAGAGGCCAGCCGGACUCGGGGAGCACUGCAAACACUAGGAGCACAAGUGCACGCCCUCCAGCAUCAGCCAAUCAACCAGCAGGACUCCCAUAGGGUAGUGGAACUCUGUUGCCUGCCGCUACGGUCCAACCCGGAAACGCUGGCUGCAGAGAUCCGAGUCCUACGUGAGGCCUACGUGCGCGGUGGAGGCCGGGACCCAGAAGUUCUGGACAAAAUAUUGCAGCUGCAAGUGGAAGCAUCAGCCCUGGAAUUGCGGCGGUCUCAGAACCGCAAGGAAAAAGCAAGUGCUGCCUCUGAGGAGGCUCUAAUGGUGCAAGCCGAAAACAGGCUCCUGGAGGCAGAAAUCCUGGCCUUGGAGAAGCAGAAAGUCCUCAGUCUGUCAGCCUGGGGUCCCAGGGAUCUCCGGAGACACCUGAGUAGAUGGUGCGAUAAUUCCCUCCUCCCUCCACCAGUUGCACCCCCAAUACCACCACUUACAAGUUCCACAAAAGCCCAGAACCUCCAGGACACUUCAAAGACUAUCUUUAAUAGAACCAUGGCAAGAAACUUGGGUCUGGAUCUCCACUUCCUCCUACCAGCAUCAGAUGUUCUAGGUCCUGCACCCUAUGAUCCUGGGGCUGGCCUUGUCAUUUUCUAUGACUUCCUGCGGGGCCUUGAUGCUUCUUGGAUCUGGGUACAGCUAAUGACAAGCUUGACCAGGAAUGGACAGGAUACAGGAGAGACCACAGCAUUACCUCCAGCCCUUUGCUUGCCGCCACCUUCAGCUCCUGGACCUAUAGGCAACUGUGCUAUCCUUGCAAGCAGGCAGCCUGUGCCCAGGCUGCCUCCAUCACCACUAGUAUCUUUGAUCUGUGAACUACAGGCCUGGCAGGGAGUUACAUGGGCACCACAACCAAAAGCUUGGGCCUCACUAUUGCUAUUUGACCAAGAUCUGAGGGUGCUUAGUGGUCGUUGGCGCCUUCCACUUCAGGUCUCUCCUAACAUCAGCCUUGCCCAGAUGAAUAAGAUUCCCCAGACAGGCCAGGCUGAGAUCUUUCUAAGGCUUGUAAAUGCAAGAGAUACAGAUGCCCAGACAUUGGCAGAGAUCAAUCCAGCAAGUGCCCAUGAAUACCAAUACCCACCAACGGUGUCCGGUACAUCUUCUGCGGAAUCCAGUUUCUUCACCCACAACUCUGGCUUUGUUGACCCCCAACCUCCCACAGAAGAGGCUUUUGUCAGUGUCAAGGAUAAAGAUGAGCACUUGAGUCCUCACCAGUUUUGACCAAAACACCAGUUUCUAGACCUGCAGCUUUUUAAAUGGGGUUUUGUAGCAGUGGCAAACUCCAACAUUUGAUCCUUAAAUACUGUGUGACAAAGAACACUUAACCUGAAUCCAGUUUUCUUUAAAUGAGCCAACUUGA